UUUAGUUUGAAACAUUGACGUUGCGCGGCGGUGUGAAUGGCGAGGGCGACAGCGGCAGCAGCAGUGGCGGCGGUGGAGUGAAUGUUGACAGUGUUGACGUUGAUGCUGAGGUCGGUGGUAUUAAUGGUGGUGUGGGCAUGUUGAAUGCGGGUAACCGUUUGGAAUGCGUGAGCGGUAGUAUUGGUGGUGGUGGUCAGAAAUAUAUGCGUACGGGUUUGAUCAGCACAAUGCCGAAGAAACAACAGUUGCAGCAGCAACAAAAGCAACAACAACACCUUGGCAUCGGCGGCACGAUGUUGGCAACAACGAAGCCCAAGUACAGCUUAACGCUGCUGAAUGUGAAAAAUCACCAACACAACAACAAUAAUAGCAGCAAUAUUAAUAAUAAUAACAACAACAACCACAACGGUAGCAUGGGUAGCACUGUUGGCAACUGUCAGUUGCAUCCGCACCGCAAAUCACCACAUCCGCAUCUACAGCCGCAAUACGCUUACUACCAACAGCAACAACAACAACAACAGCAGUUGUUGCAAAAUCAGCACUUACCACAAAGCAAACGCGAACAGCAGCGGCAACAAUUGUCACAAUCAUACUAUCACCCGCCACCGCCGCCACGUCAUCAGUUACGUGUUUUGCGGCUAUCGUCGGCACCCACGGGCGCGCCUGAAGUCACAACAUCAACAAACCCACCGGCAAAUGCUGCAACACGACGUGGCGAUGGCGUCGCUUCUGCUAGUGCAGGUGGUGUUGGUGAUAGAAGUAGCGGUGAAUUCACAUCACGCAACUCUACACACUUGGAGCAAUCGCUGGCGCUGACACACACCACGCCUACUGCUGCAACAACAACACCAAAUACAAAUGAUUGUAAUAAACAUUUAGUUGGCACAAACACAGUGGCGUGUGAUGAUAAUAGUAGUGAUGAUGCAUCGGCAACACCGGUAACAGAUGCAGCUGCCGCAGCACUAACAACAAAAACAGUUACUACAACAACAACAAAGCCAAUCGGCGAAACACCGAUCGCGGGCGCAAUGUCAAAUGUUUUACAUGGCGGAAAAGAGCAACAACAACAACAACAACAACAACAAUUAUUACAAUUACAACAACAAAAAGCAAAUAGGCUGUGGUAUCAUUGAUGAAAAACCAAUAGAUUUGAGCGCUUAUCUCUCUUUCUAAGCAAAGGCAGCAGAUUGAAAGCAAUACGCCAGUGAAUUCUACGAUUAGUACAUAGCACACAUAGACAGUUCUUUUGAAACAUCACAUACCAUAGAUCAAAAAAGGCGGCAGUGAAGGCAAAGGAUACGCAGGAAAAAUAGCUACAAAAGCAAAAAAUGUAAGUUAUAAACCGAAACGGAGAGAAAACUUGAAGACACCGACGAAAAAAACAAAAAAAAAAAAAACUAAACGAACUGCAGCAACAAAAAA